AUGGCGAAAUUUGACAACUGCGUGCUCCUUACAAGAGUCGGGAACUUUUACGAACUGUAUUUCGAGCAGGCAGAAGAAUGUGGGCCUCUUCUCAAUCUCAAGGUUGGCUACAAGCAAACGAAGCUGGGUCCCGUCGCAAUGGCAGGCUUCCCGUUCUUUCAACUGGAUAGAUUCCUGAAGAUGCUGGUACAAGAUCUGAACAGAUACGUUGCCAUCUGCGAAGAGUUUCUGGUUCAAACCUCCGGCAAGGUCAAAUCUGGCGGUUUGAAGCACGAUCGACGGGUAACGCGUGUAGUCACGCCAGGCACCCUCAUUGACGAGAAGUUCCUGGAUCCUUACGAAUACAAUUUUCUGCUGUCUGUCCGUCCCGAGACCGCCGUGUCUACCUUGAAUGCUGCAGGUGAAGGUAGUGCGUCGCAAACGGAGCCAGAAGAAAAGAUUGGGCUCGCAUGGCUGGAUCUAUCGACGGGUGAUUUCUACACGCAAACAACCCUUCGAAGCUCCUUGUCCUCGGCGUUAGCACGGAUUGCUCCUCGCGAAAUCAUCCUGCCCGGAGAUGUGUCGGAGGGUAUUCGUGAAGAGGUGCGGAACAUUGUAGGCCAUGACCAUCGACUGCUCACUUUACAUCAAGCAGACAGUGACUUUGUGUCCAUGAGCGAGUGGAACCAAAUGCUAGAGUCUCCAGUGCCUGACAAUGCUGAUGACUCGUUUACCGUCGGCGAGAAGGCUGCAGGCCAUCAACUGCUUGAUUAUGUCCGAAAUCGACUGCAAGGUCUUCAGGUUCGUCUGCAACCACCACGUCAGAGGGAACUCCAUGCGAUACUAAAUAUUGACCGGAACAGCCUCAAAGGGCUGGAGAUCUUGGAGACCUCUCGAGAAGGCUUUGGUAAGGGGAGCCUUUUCCACGCCGUCAAGAGAACAUCAACUAAAAGUGGCGCCCGACUUCUCCGCGAUCGUCUAACAUCUCCUUCUGCUUCUUUAACAGAGAUUGAAGAUCGGCUUGAGCUCGUCAGCAUCUUCGUCGAAGACCAAGAACUGACUGAGUCUCUAAUCUUCCGACUGCGCCGCAUGUUCGAUGUGCAACGCAUUGUGCAGAAAUUUGCCCUCAACAAAGGCGAUGCUGACGACAUGCUGUCGUUAGCCAGUGCAAUCUCCGAAACCGUCGCCACGAAUGAGCUUCUGCGACCAGCUGCUGGUGCCAGGAGUACGAUGGUAGAGCCUGGGCAAGAGGCGGCUGUUUCCCAUUGCCUUGACAGACUUCUCCAUCGCUUGGAUUUGGAGGGCCCGGUUGAGCUGCAGAACAAGAUAGCGUCAGCAAUCGAUGAAGAAGGCUUGAUGCAGAAACAUCGACUGGAAGAGGAUGAAGCUGCAGACGUCGCAGCCUUGGCGCAUGAGGUGGUCUUACAGACUGCUCCACAUGAAGUAGACUCGCUUCCAAAGGCAGUUCGCUCACGGACCAAAUCUGACGAAGCGAAAAGGGAAGUCGAGCUUGAAGAGCCAUGGAUCAUGCGUCGCGGUGCAACCGAAUCUUUACUGCGUCUGCACGAAGACCUUGACGCCCUACACUUCGAGAAGGUGCAAUUCGCAGACACGCUUCGCAAGCAGCUGGGUGCGCCGACUCUUGUUCUCAAAUCCACGCCUGGCCUGGGUCACAUCUGCCACAUUCGCAGUGCCACUGGCUUCAAGCGAGAGGCGCUGGAAGCAUUACACGCCAGAAUGGUGUCAUCGUCAAAGAGCACUCGAUCCUUUUACCUGACUGACUGGACACGACUUGGCCGUCAAAUCGAUCAAGCAAUUACCAACAUCCGCGACGAGGAGAAACGAAUCUUUGCCAGCUUGAGGGAGCUCGUUAUCAAAAACCUUGUGAAGUUACGGCACAACGCUGCUGUCGUGGACGAGUUGGACGUGGCAAGUGGCUUCGCCACCUUGGCUAGAGAGCAAGCAUGGGUUCGUCCUAUCCUCAACUCUGGCGCAGAGCUCAAGAUCAUUGGCGGACGACAUCCAACAGUCAAGCUGGGCCUUGAGGAGCAAGGUAGAUCUUUUGUUAGCAACAACCUUGUGCUAGACCACAAUGAAAGAGUAUGGCUGGUGACAGGUCCAAACAUGGGCGGGAAAAGCACCUUUCUGCGACAAAAUGCCUUGCUUAUAAUUCUGGCCCAAGCUGGGUCAUAUGUGCCCGCUGUGCACGCGGAGAUUGGUCUCGUUGACCAGAUCUUCAGUCGGAUUGGCGCUGCAGACGAUUUGUUUCGAGAUCAGUCUACCUUCAUGGUGGAAAUGCUUGAAACAGCAGCUAUUCUGAAGCAUGCUACGUCCAGGUCAUUUGUGAUCAUGGACGAGGUCGGGCGAGGGACAACGCCGGAAGACGGUACGGCGGUCGGCUAUGCAAGCCUACAUCACCUCUAUUAUACCAACAAAUGUCGGACACUGUUUGCGACCCAUUUCCAUGCCUUGGCGGAUAUGACGCGAGACUGGCCGAAGCUGGCGUGCUACUGCACCGACGUGCUCGAGGAGGACAGCGGAUCCUUCACCUUCAUGCAUCGCCUGAAGAGAGGUAUCAACCGGCAAUCCCAUGCACUCAAGGUUGCCAAACUGGCCGGCAUGCCUCCGAAAGCGCUCAAAGUCGCAGAAACCGUGCUCGACCAUAUGAUCGCUGAGAAGCAUAGUAUACAGGUACCGCCGAUCAAGGCAGAAGACGGCCCAUGGGCCUCCUCAAUGGCUGCAGCUGGGUGA